AUGAAUGUGCAGAAACCAGCUAUAAAAGCUAUAACUGGUGGAUGGAGGAAUGCAUCUUUACUGUUAGUGAAUCAGUUUCUAGUUGCAUUAGCAUUCUCGGGAGUGGAAGCAAAUUUGGUUCUCUUUGCAAAGUUAGUAUUGAGAAAGAGUAAUGCAGAGUCAGCUAACAUUUUCACCACAUGGAUCGGAACUACCAAUUUCUUCUCUCUAAUUGGAGCUUUUCUUAGUGACUCGUAUUUGGGAAGAUACCUCACUUGCAUCAUAUUCCAACUCGUGUUUAUCAUUGGCUUGCUGGGAUUAUCUCUGUCAACUCAUGACUGUGAACAAAAAGGAGUGCAAUGUGAAUCAGAUGCUCAAAACCACCUUCCAGCAUUUUACUUAUCCUUAUACCUCAUAGCUCUUGGAAGUGGAGUUUUUGACCCUGCAUUACCAACUCUUGCUGCUGAUCAAUUUGAUGAAGAUGAACCUGAUGAACAACGAUCAAAGAACACAAUUUAUGGCUAUUUGUAUGCCUCAUCCAAUUUAGGAUCAUGGAUAUGCACUUGUUGUGCAGGUGUUUCCUUCCUUGUUUUGAUGAGUGGAAGACUUAGAUAUAAACACCACAAGACUUUUGGAAACCCUAUAUCUAAGUUUACACAAGUUAUUGUGGCUUUUUUUAGAAACAUGUUUUUUAAUAGAGUUGCAAUGGUUUCUGAUGAUGCAACUGAGAUGUCGCUAGGUCAAGGCCAGAAAUUAUACACAUGGAAAUACAUUUGCAGUGUGAAAGAAACUGAAGGGAUGAAAUAUAUUUUAAGAGUAUUACCAAUAUGGUUUUGCACAAUAUUCACCUCCAGUGUCAAAUCCAAAUGCAAAUGCAAUCUCUAUUUGUUGAACAAGGUUCAACAAUGA